CCCUGCAUAUGUAUGUGUACAUUUUCACAUGAGAAUACUUUCACACAAUUACUGUACUGUUUAUUACUUUCUGUAGGGUUUCCCACCCACUUCUUUGGGGAAUAAAUUCUGGACAUCAAGGGCUGUAUGGAGUUUCUGCUUUUGUCUCCAUCCCAGUUAAGGAACUAUUAUGUAUUUAAAAAAUUUUCUUCAGAGAAAAAAGGAAAGUUUUUUGCCUUUCCUCACACUGAGGUCUGUGAUACAUUCAGACAUUGUGAUAAUGGGGACUAGAAAGACAGACUUCCCUUUUAGCCAGCUCUUUCAAAUAUGGUGGUAUUAAUGUCAUUCCUGAAAAACAGGGGACUAAACAGGAUUAUAGAGGCUAGCAGAGCUUGAAAGUAAAAAGUCAGUAAAAAUAAUGAGUUGGUGAGAUGAGGUUCUUUAAGAAGGCACAGAGCUGAGAACUCCAUUUCUGAUUUCUGUUUCCACAGAAACUCCUGCUCAGGCUGUGGAGUCUGUCUUGGUCUGUGAGAUUUAACAGCUCCGGGGCCUGAGAACCGAACAGAACCCACGGAGCUUCGACAACUCCGUGGGAAAGAAAUUGCCGAACCCGCAGAGCCUUAACAACUCCGGGGCCAAAGAACUGAAUUUGUCGUAAUUCUCCAAUGAGGAUUUAAGUGGAGCUACACCUGGAAACUGUCCAGCCUACACCGCGACCAUCUUGGGUGUAAGUAAAUAAUCUUUCAAUCAACCAUUACGCCUCUGUGACUAAUUUUAGCCUGUGCGUGCCUUGCUGCCGCACGGUCUCCUCCGACCCCGCGUGCCUGGGCUGCUGGCCACAGCCCGUGUGCACAAAGACGGGCCCGGCUCGCCCCCGGCCCGCACAUGGCGACGAGGAUGGGAUCAGGAGAAGACACGUUACAGCUAGAAUUGGUUCAGAACUGUCCUUGGCGUGAUAACCAAUGCCAAGUGAAAAGCUUUGAGGAACUGGAGGCACAUAUCGCUUACCGCCAGGUGUGUGUGGUGGGUGAAAGAUUUGUGAGCGGACGCCUGUCGCUAAAGGGAGAAGAGGGAGUCUCUGAAGACGGAGCCCCGAGAGAAAGGGAAGUGUACUUGCUCCCCGCGGCGUUCGGGUGUAUAAUGAGAGACGAGCCCCUCGAUACUGUGUCCCUCACCGGACACAACCCGGCGGGCGAAACGAACCCGACUUUCACCUGGGAGUGUGCCCGAUGCCGAGCAUAUCGUAGGCAGAGUGAAGAACCGGAAUCGAUCGGCCGGUUCCCUCCCCUCAUGGCGGCUAGAUUAAGGGGUUGUGAGCUACCAUCCGAGCUCCGCGAAGACCUGGAAGCGGAGGAACAAGCCGCAGAUGAGAGGGUGGCCCCGUGGUACAAGGGGGGAGAAUGUAGUGGAACUUUUCGUACUGUAAUGAAUCUAAUGCACAAGAAUUUAAGUUUGAAAGCCCAGCUGCAGAUGGCUAUCCAAGCGGUCAAAGAAGCGGCUGAGAAAAAGGAGCCUGAAACGCCGGUCCAAGAUGGCGCCGAGCAAGAGGGAGACCGUGUGGAAGAACCGGAAAAGAAGGGUGGAGCUUCUGAAGAACCCGCGAGAGUUCGGUCAGCGACUCCGCCCAUCGAAGCAGCGUCGUCGCCGGCAACCCCGCCUAGCGACGCAGCGACGUCUCUGCCGACCACGCCUUCCUGCUGACGAAGGAGAGAGUCAAGUGGAGGAGUGCAUCCGCCCCUCCUGCCUGAAGCAAUAACAGCAGCACUAACCCCCGCGGCAGCCGUUCAGCCGAUAACAACAUCAACUCCCGAAAGAACAGCUUUCCCUACAACAACGACUGAUCGAAUUGCUACUGCCUACUAUGCUCGCACCAGAGCUGAGUUGCAGGAUUUGUGUAGAGCAUCAAGAAUCCAGCCUGAAGAGACUCUAGCUGUAUGGUUAGGACGUUUAGUCAUGGAACUUGGAUCCGACAUGCUGAACCAGGAAUAAGCUUCCUAGUUAGACAAGCUUCGUGGAGUAGAGGACAUGUCACUGACAUCGACAUGAUAACAGUUAAUACUCACUGGCCUAUUCCACUGCCAGCGCUUAUUGCAGGACUGAUUAGUCAGAAAGCCCACGUGUGGCUUGCAGGACGGCCAGAAUAUACCGGCGCAGAGCAUCUUAUGCUAGCAAUCAUCGGCGUCUUGUACUGUGCCUGGAACCCAAGAGCAUGUGCGCUGGGACUGACAUCACUCCAGCGAAUAAGACCAUGGCCUCGCCAUCACCUACGAGAUCCUGGAACCGUUCCGCUAACCGUUCACAGCUUAGACAGUUGUCUCGAGAUCUAUGGGCAAAAGAACAUCGUUGUCCUCCGGAUUCUGCUCAGUCCAAUGGUGAACCAACCUGUGAGUAAUCUUCUUUGUCAGUUGCCACGACUGCGUAUCCUGAUGGAGCCAAGAUUGUCUCUUGAUCGGGACUGUCGACACCCGACCGGACUUCAAGGCACCAGACAUCGUGAAUCUGAUCUUCCAUCACUGCCACCGAGAACCCUAGAGGAGCGAUACAUGUUUGGAUUUCUCCUACAGCGUUCCGGACUCAACAAGAGGCAGCUUCGGAUUUUAGAAGACGCAGGCCAAUGGCAAUUAGCUUAUGAGUUAGGUUUUCGUUAUUUAGAAGAGCCAGAUGAUGGAUCCUCAAUGAUUUCAUCCAGUUGAGUCAUGGAAAUUGUUUAAAUCUGUUAAAUAAGAUCAUUAAUCUAUUUUUUUGAGAGUUUUCUGUUUACAGAUCCGAGAUUUAGAGUGCGUGGCGAAGAGGAGCCCUGAGAGGGAUGACAUCACCGAAAGAAGUGAGGGCCUGACGUAUGACUUCGCCAUGACGCCCACUGAAGCCCUGUUCAUGCAAUUUUUUUCAUGAAUCAGAUUAUGUGUUUGUGUUAAUUAUUGUUUCUUGAUUAUUAUGUAACUUAAUUCCAGGGCAGCGAAUUUUAUGUUUGUUUGUUUGUUUGUUUGCUUAUCUGUUCGUUUGACGACUCACGACAAGGUUCUAGAGUGAUGAGUGUAUAGCAUAAUUUAGCUAUGCUCUCAGCAAGGGGGGAUGUCACAACCCAAAGUUGUGAGUUUUUGUUUGUGUGUGCUUCGGCAACGCUAAAUUAUGUUCCCGCUAAAUUGCAGCUUCCUUGCACGGUGGAGUUCUCUGCUGCAGAAGAGAACCCCGGUGCAACGGGGAAUUUCCCGCCAAUUUGUAGCUUUCUUUGCAUGGUGCAUUUCUUUUGCAUCUCAGAAACGCACGGUGCAAAGGAGUUCUCGCCAUUUGUAUGAAGAUUCGUGCCACAUUAUUGGCCGAUUCUAAUAUAGGCACACGUAACAGCUAGCGAUUGGCUUGCUAGCCGUAUAAAGAGCUUGGGUGGUUUCUGCCCAAGUUGGAGAGAGAGAAAAACUGGAGAGAGAAGGAGAGAUUGGAGAACUCACCAGGAGGGAGAUCUUCAUGCUGUGUGAAGAUCUCUAAGCGCUGCGGAUCCUUACGGACCCAACGCAUCUCUUAAGCAGGCAACAGAGGUCUAAACAGCCUCUGGCCUGCCCCGUCACCGAGUGCGAUCCUAGACGUAUCCCUUUCCUAUAUACUCAAUUUUCGAACCCACGGAGAUUUAACAACUCCAGGGCCUGAGAACCGAACAGAGCCCAUGGAGCUUUGACAACUCCGUGGGAAAGAAAUUGCCAAACCCGCGGAGCCUUAACAACUCCGGGGCCAAAGAACCGAAUUUGUCGUAAUCCUCCAACGAGGAUUUAAGUGGAGCUGCACCUGGAAACUGUCCAGCCUACACUGUGACCAUCUUGGGUGUAAGUAAAUAAUCUUUCAAUCAACCAUUACGCCUCUGUGACUAAUUCUAGCCCGUGCGUGCCUUGCCACCGCACGGUCUCCUCCGACCCCGCGUGCCUGGGAUGCUGGCCACAGCCCGUGUGUGCAAAGACGGGCCCGGCUCGCCCCCAGCCCGCACGGCUUUUGUAAUACUAUUUGUAAAACAGUCAUAUUAGCAAAGUGCACAUUGAAGAUUAGUACAAUUUUGUUGCGUGGUUUCAGAAUGCCAUGUUUUUCUACAUUGUAGAGUGUAUAGAUAUUGUAUGACUUGGCAUUUAUGUUUAAAAUGAUGAGAAGCAAAACUUUAAAAUAAGUUGAUUUACCUGUAA